AUGAGUUCCGAUCAACGGUGGAGAUUGCUCCGAGCACCAUUCUCCAUCUUCUUCCUCCUUUUCUUUCUUCCUCACAAUCUCACGUUUGGACUCUGUUUCAGCACCGAAGCAUUGGCGCUGAUGAAAUUCAAAGAGAGGAUAGAGAGAGACCCAUUUGGAUCCUUGACGAAUUGGGGAGAGCUUCCUCAUUGUUCUUGGUCAGGUGUUGUCUGCUCGGAUGAUGGAAGAGUUGUCAUCUUAAAUCUAAGAGAUCUCUCCCUGCAAGGAACACUUGCACCUGAACUCGGAAACCUAACUCACUUGAAAUCUCUUAUUCUAAGAAACAAUUCAUUUUCCGGGAAAGUACCUGAAGAGGUAACAGAAUUGCAAGAGCUUGAGAUCUUGGAUUUGUGUGACAACCACUUUGGCCAACCUUUCACCUUCGGUCGCAGGCUGCUUCAGAAUUCCCCCCCUCCGUCGUCGGUAGAAGAAUUUGAGGCUCCUCCUCCGUCGCCUACAGAAAAGGCCCCUGUAGAUACACUUUUCCCUCCCAGUGAAUUCCAAGCCGAGAUCCCAAACCCGCCUCCAGCAAGCCCUCCACCAAUUCCUUCUCCACCAGCUCAGCCUCCGCCAGUUACCUCUCUAGCUCUGCCUCCAGCUCAGCCUCCGUCAGUUAAGAAAGAGAAAUCGCACAAGAUUCUCAUAAUAGUUGGAGUGCUCAUUGGUGUAUUAGGCGUUAUGGCCAUGGCCGCAUUGGUGGUCUUCUUUCUUCUCCGGAAGCAAAAGGCAAUAAUGAUAAAGCCAUGGGCAGCUAGGAGCAGUGGCCAGCUCCAAGAUGUUGUUAUAAAAGGUGUUCCUAAGCUGAAGCUAUCAGAACUAGAAACUGCCUGCGAAGAUUUCAGUAACAUCAUAGGCUCCACAUCCUCAAACGCCACCAUUUACAAAGGAACUCUCUCCGCAGGCUCUGAAAUUGCCGUUCUAUCAGUCGCAUCUGGAUCCCUCCAGGACUGGUCAGAGGAUCUCGAAACACAGUUCCAAGAAAAGAUACACAGGCUAUCUCAAGUGGACCACAAGAACUUUCUAAAACUAAUCGGAUAUUGCCAUGAAGACGAUCCCUUCAACCGGAUGCUGGUUUUCGAAUACGCUCCUUACGGAUCACUCUUCGACAAUCUGCACGAGCAAGACGAAGAGCAAGACGUAGAGCACUUGGACUGGCGAAAGAGACUGAGAAUCGCAAUGGGAAUUGCCUACUGUGUAGAACACAUCCAAUAUCUCAACCCUAAACCCAUCUCCCACACAAACCUAAACUCUUCUUCCGUCUACUUGACAACUGAUUACGCCGCUAAAGUCGCUGACUUUACUUUCCUCAGCUCCACACCGAUUGAUCCUCAGACCAACUACGUCUUCAGCUUUGGCGCCAUUCUGCACGAGAUCUUAACCGGAAAGAUCCCGGAUCCGGAUUCUCUACCCCGCGAAACCAAUCCUGCGAGAGAACUAGUGGAUCCGACCCUGAGAAGCUUCGACGAGAAUGUCCUGGAGAAGUUGUGGGAAGUGGUUAUCGAGUGCUUGAAACAGAGGCCGGAAAUGAGGGAAGUGGUGGCUAAGCUAACAGAGAUCACCGGAUUAACGGCGGAAGCAGUGUUGCCGAGACUAUCUCCGGCGUGGUGGGCGGAAUUGGAGAUCUUAUCCACCGAAGGAACCUAA